CGAAUUUUUUUUCGUUUUUACUUGAAAUUGUUUUUGUGUGUGUGUGUGAGUGUAUUGGUGUUGUGUGAAGCAAACAUCGAUUUUUUUGCGACCAGUGCCAACCAACUGACAGAAAAACUGAGCUUUUUCUUGGUGUACGAGUAUAUUUUUUGUUUCGAAACUGAGAACACCUAGCUGGCCUAUCUAUCCUUUCUAUGUGCUCUUCGAAAGAAAGUGACUCUGACUAGUACUGGGGGUUUUUUGUUUAUUAUUUUUUUUUUCUUGUCUUAAUCUUUAUCGGUCGUCUAUGCGUUGUGCUUUUAACUUUUUUUGCAAAGCAAAAAAAAAUAACUUAUUUCGAAACGAUAAUAAUAUUCUUGAGUUAUAAUUGUUGUUUAUGAUGACAGUAAAGUAGCACUUUGUGCGAGUAUAAACCAUUUGGUGGAAUACUGAAUAAACUUUUAUUUCAUGUCACGUUAUUACCGGUCGGCAUCCGCCUAGAACAGUCAUGUGUCCAACAUCUCUAUAAACUGUCUCGGGCAAAGUUUAAAUACAGCUUAGUCUGUUUCUGUGUAUUUUUUUUUAAACAAAUUGGGUUUUUUAAUAGAUGCUUCAUGGCGCUUCAACAAGUAGUAGGGCGAGGCCCCCUUUAAGUCCCUUGGCACUGGCUACUCUUGAUAAACAUUUACCAAAUUUGUCGUCCAACAAACGUCUCCAAAACAAAUACAAAGAAAUAAAAUUCAUAACCGAAAAAUCGGCGUCGACGUCUUUCACAGACGUGGGAUGCAUAACUGACAUAUGCAACAGUGACAACCUUCCUGAAGUCGAAAUAUUUUCCCUGUUGGAAGAAAAAAUUCCUAAAUAUAAAGUACGAACCGAUGUGCUAACUGAUUUUGCAGGCUAUACAAACGAAGACUGGUUUAUUCCCGCACCCGCACUUAAAAUCCCCGUCGAGGGAUUGGGCCUGACAAAGGAUCAAACUCGUGAAACAUUAAAUUACUUUCUUCUAUGUGGAAAACGAGUUAGCCAAAUGACCCGAUCGUACGAUGAUAUCGAAGCCGUAACACGUCUGCUCGAAGAAAAAGAAAAGGAUUUAGAGCUGACCGUUCAAAUAGGCAAAGAACUCCUUACACAAAAUAAUCUUCUAGAAGGUCGAGUUGCAGAGCUAGAAAACGAAUUAAAACAAACCUCCGAACACCGAGCCCAGUUACUACAUGAAUUGCAGAAGAAAAACGAACUGAUUGCAAUUCUAACAGAUGAUGAAACGGGGAAUGAUCCUGCAGCAAAUGGUUCGCAAGCGUAUGUUUCGCUUGACAUGCUUCAGGAUAAGAUUGCCACCCUACAGGAACAAAAUACUUCGUUAAAACUCGAAGUGAGCCAAUUGGCUGAUGAGACAGACCAAGUAGAGGCCCGCGAACGAAAACUAAUGGAAGACAUAACCAUGGAGUUAAACUCGACGCACAGUCAGUUCGAGAGUCUCAGCCUUGAGCUAGAGAAAUACCGUGAAGAAAAUCGAUUGCAACGUGAACAAAUAGCAAAUAUGACUGCGAGAUUGGCAGAAGCAGAAGUUCACAUGCACCGCCUAGCUCACGACAACAGCGAGCAAGGUUCGUUGCUAGAAAUCACCAAAGAAAACCAGAAUCUUUUGGCCCUGGAGUUGCUAGAAUUCAAAAAACGCUAUCAGGAAGUGAUAACAUUACUUGAAGAAGCGCAACAACAGCUGCGCAAGCAUCAGAAAAAGCUGCAUUCACACGGCCGAAGCUCAUUUAUGGCUGGAUUGCCUGGUAUGAGUGGUCCACAUCCAGACUCAUUACAGUCAGAACUUAUGGAUUCGUCUCUUUACUCGGAAAACAGUAUUGAUUCGGGUAUAGUGCGUGAUCAUCGCAGUGGUAGCCUUAUUCCUAAAAAUAUGGGCGGUGUUGGUGCAAUUAUGUCGCCAUAUGAAAAAGUUUUCGAAACGGUGCGCUGCGCCUCGAAGAGUGGCAACUACACAGACCCGGCUAGUGGCAUGUCACAAUUGGGAGGUGGUGCGAUGUCAGUAAGUUGCACGUCAGGUCCACGUAUUUCCGCAAUGCCAUUUAUAGGAUCUUCAACAAACUAUACAAAUCCAGCUGGCGGCUAUUCUGGUUACCAUUCAAACUUCGACAGUGCAGCAUCCUUGGCCGGCAGUAUGUCAUCUGAUCAAUCUGGUGACGAAGGAUAUCCAACUUUGCCGCCAGGCGUACCAGGAGCUCCAGGUGCCAAAGAUCUUGAAGCAGCACUUAAGCGACUUACUCCCGCUGAGGUUUUAGCGCGUCGUGCAAUGUUAUCGCAUGCCCCACCUGGAACAUAUAACUAUGACGAAAAUCCAUCGGCCCGUUUGCCAUUGGGUAUUCGAACACCAGACAGCAUUAUGUCCACUGGAUCAUCAUCGAAUUUGUCAUUCUCCAAUCGACAAUGGCGUCUUCCGGAUAAAUUGCAAAUAGUCAAACCUAUUGAAGGAUCCCAAACUCUGCAUCAUUGGUCGAGAUUAGCAACUCCAAAUUUCAGUGGCUUGCUGGAAGAACGACCUGGGGUGACAAUACGCGGUGGUCGCAAUCUUGAAGAGCUCGGCGUACUUUAUUCGCUAUCAGAUGUUGAAGAAGAUAUCGAUGAUUUGCCGGGCAAGCAAUUCGAAACCCCCGGUGGCAGCAUUUAUACUUAUACCAACAGCAUGGUCAUGCAUCCCGACGACGGAAUACUUAACGACUUAUCCUUCUUGUCCCAGUCUCAAAUAUCAUCACGAAUGGCUUCAGCUUCGACUUCCAGGCAGCCAAGUUGCCCACCUACACCAGAACGCGGCAGAUCACGAAGGAGUUCGUGUUCAACAUUCUCACUUAACAUGAGCCUGGCGUCAGUACUGAACGAACGUGGAAUUCGAGCUGUCACCCCAAGUGCACUAAGUACACCAGCUGGUCCAAACUUUUCGCCAACAGUAACACCCUGCAACAGCCCGGUCGGUUCGCCCGAAAGGUCUAUUUCUCCAGAAGAGCGUCGUUUUGGAUUAUUUUCCAGUGGUGCUGAUAUGAUCAAGCGGCAAUUUAAAGGUGAUUUACUUCGUGCCAGCCAAACGCAACAACAGCAGCAAAGAAUAAUGCUGUCCAGAUUAGAAAAACGAGCAUUGCGUUCACUUAAACUUAUCGAAAAACUCGAGAGCAUAGGUCUUGAGAAUAUUAUUGCAACUCAGCCUAGUGAAAUUCAUCAUAUUGGACGAGGUAUUGCGAGUCGAAGUUCAGGCAGUCCAAUGGCCCAAUUAACAAGUUUAAGGCAUUUCCCAUCAUCAAGUGCCAGUAGUAGUACUGCAGAAAGUUUAUGUAGUGAUUCGAGUUUUGAUGAUAUUAAUAUGGCAGAUAUGCACAAAAGGGGAGGAGCAGCCUUCAAUCCUAUUAGAAAUAAGUCAAGUAAUAUUGGUGCAACAACAACCGAAACAGACAAAACCAAUACUGAUAAAGAUAAAAGCCCAGCAAUCAAGACAGCUACAGCAGGAUUAACAAAAGUUCCCACGACAUCGCCACCCACAGACAGUCGACUCAAGCAGAUGCAACGUCAAAAGUCACGACGAAACCUCAAAAAUGGAACAGCUCAACAGCGAUCUGAUUUGGGAACCAUCGCUGGUAGUGGAACACGAGCUGUACGCGCAGAUCUCGGCAUGGUCGAGCAACAAAAAGCUGAACAGAAAAAGGCAACUUCUGAAAACCAGACGGCUGCACAAUCGUUUGUUGGUUCCAUAAGCUCAUUACUGUUUGGUCGCAAGGGCGGCUGGCUAUAGUUAAUUUGCACUUACCUAUAUUUAAUUUUAAGUUCGAUCAUAUCGUGUACAUAUAACACACUUUAUAUAUUUUUUAUGUUUUAAAUUUUGCCGUAAAAAAAAACUAACAAAAACCACAAAAAAAAUACAUAGACACACGCAUUUGUUGCGACUCUGGCAAUAUCUGUGUUCUGUGAGUGACUCAUAGAGAUCUCUAAUUUAAAUGAAGAUAAUUCAGUCCGUGACCUAAAGUGCCUAAAUUUAGUCCUAUAAGUAAUAUUUCUGUUUACACACACCGUGACCGAUUACAGCCAAACCAUAAUGUCUUUCAUUUCAUUUGUAUAUGGUGCUUAGUUUUGUGUUCCUUUUUUUCUUUUCUUUUAUUUUUAUAUACAUAUUUCUAUUUUACCGACCAACGAUACUAUGCCAAGUAUUUAUUAGAAAGAAAGAUGAAAAGCUUUAAAUUCAUUCAUACCUACUAACAGCGAUGACCUCAAAAUGGAUGGUGCAUUGUCCGUCUGUGCCUUAGGAUGGACGGACGUUUAGUGGCGUUUUUGGGUCUAUAUCGCAUAUAUAUGUAUGUAUGAUGUGUAUAAAUCGCGGACUGAAUUAUUAUAAAAAAGAAUAUAAUUAAACUAGGCCAAUAGUUGCUCUUCUCAUAGCUCGCAGCAAAAUAUUUAUAAAUAUGUUUUAUUUUUUUUUAGUUUAUUCUUAAGCCAAUUAUUACAGAUAUUGCUAGAGUGCACAGCGAAUCGGUGACAUUUUUGUCUUUAAUUCUAAAUAUACCUACAUACCUACAUAUAUUUUUAUGAUUUACUUAUAAAAAAAUAUCAUCAAAAGAGAAAAAGAGAAUUUUUUUGUUUAUUUUUUGACAAUGUGACCUUAAGAGAAAAAUCAAAAAGAAAAAAAAAUUGUUUGUUUGCUAUAUUAGUUUUGUUUAUUUUUUUUUGUCUUUUGCUUCUGGAACAGAAAAAAACAUAUUAUAAAAAUUAACCUUUGAAUGGCGAAUGAAGUUGAAAUUGAAAUCAAGUUUUUUUCAUAAAUCGUUUGUAACAUUAAAAAUACAUCUCUUCUCCUAUUCUCAUUAUACUCGUAAUUCUAAAAGCGAGCUAUGCUAUGUUUUAUUUUUCAUCAAGUCUAGUCUUACAAUUAGUUUUAGUGCGAUAUGAAUUUGUAUAUUUUUUUUUAUUUAUUUUUCGUAACAAUAUUAUUAACCACUGUUGAGGUGAUUAAAAAAAAACUUAAAUUUUUAAUUUCUUCCUACAUUUCGAUCAUCGAAUGACAUUUUUUAUUCAAUCAUCAUCAAUCAUUUUUUGUUUAUAAGACUAUAAAAUACUGUUGAAUAAUCAUCUGAAAGUGGUGGUGUGGUGCUACAGGAACGAAAGUUAGGCAUGUGAUAUUUGAAUUGUAUCUUGUAUCCUAAAACAAACGAAUUAAAAACAAAAUCAAUAAAAUUUAAA